CUCCCCCUUCUCCGCUCCAGCCGGCGCAGGCAGCGGCGGCGGCAGCAGGCGAGCCGCGGCCCCGCGAGGCCAUGAAGGUGAAGAAGGGCGGCGGCGGGUCCGGGACGGGGGCGGAGCCCACUCCGGGGGCCUCGGGCCUGAGCGUGGAGCCCAAGCCCGACCCGCGGCCGCAGGCGGAAUCCGAAUCCGGGUCCGAGUCAGAACCGGAGGCAGGCCCGGGGCCCAGGCUGGGGCCGCUGCAGAGGAAGCAGACGAUCGGGCCGGAGGACGUGCUAGGGCUGCAGCGGAUCACCGGCGACUACCUGUGCUCCCCCGAGGAGAAUAUCUACAAGAUUGACUUCGUCAGGUUCAAGAUUCGGGAUAUGGAUUCAGGCACUGUCCUCUUUGAAAUCAAAAAGCCUCCAGCCUCAGAGCGGUUGCCCAUCAACCGGCGGGACCUGGACCCCAAUGCUGGGCGCUUUGUCCGCUACCAGUUCACGCCUGCCUUCCUCCGCCUGAGGCAGGUGGGAGCCACGGUGGAGUUCACAGUGGGAGACAAGCCUGUCAACAACUUCCGCAUGAUCGAGAGGCACUACUUCCGCAACCAGCUGCUCAAAAGCUUUGACUUCCACUUUGGCUUCUGCAUCCCCAGCAGCAAGAACACCUGCGAGCACAUCUACGACUUCCCCCCUCUCUCUGAGGAGCUGAUCAACGAGAUGAUCCGUCACCCAUAUGAGACACAGUCUGACAGCUUCUACUUCGUGGAUGACCGGCUGGUGAUGCACAACAAAGCAGACUAUUCCUACAGUGGGACGCCCUGACUCCUCAAACCACCCCCUACCCCAGGAGGAUCCUGGGUCCUCAGCUGUGACUUCCCCAGUACUCACCUCUCAGCCCCCGGUCUUCUGCCUGGGGAGUGUUUCAGGAGCCCUGAACCCUGAGUCAGUGUUUGGAGGGAGGGCACCUGAUGUCCCCAGUCCAAGUCCAUGAAGCUCAUGGAGCCUGGCACGUAGGGUGGGGUAGGGUGACAGGGGGGCUGUUUGCCUCCACGUCCAGGAAGGCCUCCUGUGAGAGGAGUAGCCAGGUCUUCCGGACAGCCUAGCCGGGCCUCUUAGGCCCAAGUUUCCGAAUAGUGUUUUCCUAUCCAGGCGUUGACUAGGUUGGGGCAGGGACCCAUUCCUUGUCCCCUGCCCACCACCGACAGGCCAUUUAGCUUUGUUAAUUCACAGACGAAGAUCUGUGGUGGGGUCUGGCUGCCAAGUUUCCCAAGGGAGUUUGGGCCUUGGCCUCAGCCCAAGCCUCCACCAUCAGUGGCCAAGAUACUGCCUGGGGUGUGGGAGGGACCAGCCCAGAUUGCUACCUGUGGUCGGGGCUGGACCAGCUGUAUAUAAUUUUCAAUAAACUCUUUCUCCUUUUCUGUU